GAUUUCGCAGUGAAGCAGACCCUUUUACGGACCCGAAAGCCGUGCUGCUGGAAUGGUUCAUGCAUCAGAACGGCUUCAAGAGCUAUACCGCGCACGACAGCGCCGGGUGGUCACCGCUAUGUUUCGCAGCGAUGAGUGGGAAUGCAGCUUUGGUGCAGUCGCUUCUAGACCAGAAAGCCAGCCCGAACGAUUCCACACAGAAGCCGAAGAAGGAGUUGGUAUUUGGCAAGAACCUUUCGGUGCUCUCCAUCGCAGCCGCCUACAAAAGCAAUCAGGUCUUGAAGACGCUGCUCGCAGCUCGGGCCAGCAUCAAUGCCCGGGACGGCUACGAAGGAACUGCAUUGCACUGGGCCAACAUCUCCAACAAUCCUGAAGGAGUUCGAGUUCUUUGCCAGGCAGGUGCCGAUCCCAGCCUACGCUGCUUCCCGGGGCUGACUCCCUUCGACACGGCAUGUGCAUGUUCCGCCGUCGAGGCGAUGAAGGAAAUGCUUGUCCAGAUCCCAUCCACGAGUUUGCGGCGCAGUUUGCACUGGGCACUCAU